AUGGUUGCGGUCACCGUCCCUCACCACGAGGAGUCGCGGUCAGUUUCGGGCUCGUGCCAGCUACAAAGCGCCGAAGGCUUUUGGGACCUGCAUCGCCGACUCGGCGAGUGCUACGAGGCUGAUGUUGCUCAGUUUCGAGAGUCCACAAACAUCACUUUGCCAAGGCGGCCGUCCAUUGUGGCAAAGCCCAGGACCAGAAGCCAGGAGAACCGAAGAGUGUCGUUGACAUCCGAGCCAGAUGGUCAGCAGCAUGGGGCCCUGCUUGCUGUUGAUCAUCAGAGCAGCCUGUCUUCGGCUCAUGAUGCCGCUGGCCGUCCUCGCUCCGCGAUCCCAGUGGAGGGGGCGCUGAUUCGGCAGAAAACCCCUGACAGUGAUCUUCAGUCUAGCCCAAGAAGCCCGACGAGAGCUCGAGUGACGUCCAUCAAAGAUCGCGUUAGCUCGAUGAAAAGCAUCCGCGUGCCCUCGCGCGACCUCAGCGCGCUGCAGCCGCCAUUCGGGAACCCGACCAUGAUGGAUUCCCCGACACGGCGGGAGAAGUCUGACACUUCUGCCAGCGCCGGAAAGCACAUGUUCCUGACUCGUGGAGAGGCCGCACGCUCUGGAGAGAUGAGCAUUGACCAGGACCUCAUUCCACGGCCCACGUGGACAAGAAUUGGCUUGAAGAGCGUCCCGAAGGCUCUCACCGCGAAGAAGUCCAGCGUAGCAAGUUUGGAGGAUUCUUCCUUUUCGGCGCCCUAUGUCAGCGAGACAGUCGAGGAGGAAAAGACUAGAAUCUUACAUCCUGGAGGCUUUGUGCGAACUGUUUGGGAAAUUCUCACAGUGAUGUGGCUGCUGCAUGAUGUUGUGUUUAUUCCACUGCAGUUCUUCGACCUCCCUGAGUCAGAACUUCUGAACGUACUGUCGUGGUCGACGAUUGCGUUCUGGAGCGUUGACAUUCUGAUGUCUUUCCGCACUGGAGUCUACAGCAAGGGGGUGCUGGUGAUGGAUGCAACGGCUGUGGCACGGAAAUACGCGCGGACGUGGCUGCCGGUGGACAUCAUGCUGGUCUCCAUAGAUUGGAUUGCCCUAGCCUUGGAAGGCAGCCGGGGGCAGCAGGAGGGUCACAAUGUCCUGUGGAUUCUCCGCCUACUGCGCCUGGUGCGUGUCGUCCGCCUGGGCAAAAUGAGCCGGACAGCUUUAGUGCUGCAGGAGGCCAUGCAAGGCUGGGCCGUGAACGUCCAGUUCAGCGUGGCCAUGAACAUCAUCCGGCUGUUGCUUUUGAAUCACAUGAUUGCCUGUGCAUGGUGGGGCUUUUCCCACAUUGGCGGCAAGGCAGAUGGGUGGUCAACCCAGUACGGGGUGGAGGAAGAAGACCGGCUGUACGGCUAUAUGACGAGUCUACAUUGGGCCAUCGCACAGCUCGGGGUGGGGGCCACUGGAGUCGAGGCCACGAACUUGCCCGAACGCAUCUUCAGUAUUUUCGUUGCCCUCAUUUCGCUGAUCACUUUCUCCACCAUGGUGUCGUCAAUGACGUCCAUGAUGACAGCGUAUUCCCGAAGCAAGGAGGAGGAAGCGCGCCAUUUCAGUCUGUUGCAACGGUACCUGCUGCACAACAAGGUUUCCACGAACCUGAGCCAGCGAAUUACGAAGUUCCUGCAGCAUGCCUACAUGGCCCAGCAUAAGGCGUCCUCACAGGACAUGCAUGUGCCCUUACUGGACAUGCUGUCACGUCCGCUGAUGAAUGAGUUGCAGCUGGAAAAGCACCAGAAGGACAUGGAGAGGUUGCCCUUCCUGAAAGCUAUCUUGAGUUGGCACAAUGUGCAGACGGUGGACAGCAUGCGGAACUUGGCGAGCUCCUCGUUUACAGUGUGUACGGUUGCCACCAAGGAUGUUAUCUUCUGCAGCGGCGUCGAGGCAUUGGCGGCGUAUUUGCCCAUCACUGGAGACGUCUCCUACCUUCAGGAUGGGAGGCAAGCCGAACCGUGCCUCCAUGUCUGGACGGCAGAGAUGUGCCUUUGGACGGAGUGGUAUUUCCUGGGCGACCUCAUCGCAACGGAUGUGUCGCGGAUUUUGAUGCUGGACAUGGAGAGCUUCAGCAGAACCAUCGCCUCCAACCCGCUGAUGCACGGCCUGGCGGUGCAAUAUGCGAAGGAGUACACCAACAAUCUGCGACGUGAGGCUGGCAAAGCACGACACAUCUUCAGCCAUGGUCAGUUUGUGAUAGUGUUGUGGUGUUCAAUGGCUAGGACAGCCUUCUCUUUGUGUUGA